UCUGUCGGUUGGCAAUAAAUCGCCGAUGGUCACUGUUCGCGUCAGCGCUCCGCGAUCCGUCUCGCCGUUCUGCUUUACUCGCUGAUCUUCCGCUUUUUGUUAAAUUCUCUCGUUCUCCAGCCAUGCAUCUGCUGUGUGUCUUUGUGCUGCUGCUCUGGACCGGUCCGGCGCGCGGUUAUUUCCCGGAGGAGCGCUGGAGCCCGGAGUCCGCGCUGCUCGCGCCGCGGGUGCUGCUCGCGCUGGUCUGCCGCAACUCGGCGCACUCUCUGCCGCACGUCCUCGGCGCCAUCGACCGCCUCAACUACCCCAAAGACCGCAUGGCUGUAUGGGUGGCCACAGAUCAUAAUUCAGACAACACCACAGCAAUCCUGCGCGAAUGGCUCGUAAACGUCCAGAACUUCUAUCAUUAUGUGGAGUGGAGACCUCAGGAGGAGCCCAGUGUCUAUGAGGACGAGAGCGGCCCGAAGCACUGGACGAACCUGCGAUAUGAGCACCUGAUGAAGCUGCGUCAGGCGGCCCUCGACACGGCGCGGGAGAUGUGGGCCGACUACUUUAUGAUGGUGGACUGUGAUAACCUGCUGACUAACCGGGAUGUUUUAUGGAAGCUGAUGCAGGAGAAUAAGACGAUGGUGGCUCCGAUGCUGGAGUCCAGAGCGGCGUACUCAAACUUCUGGUGCGGCAUGACGUCUCAGGGUUAUUAUAAGCGGACGCCGGCCUACAUGCCGAUCCGCCGGCAGGAGCGCAAGGGCUGCUUUGCCGUCCCCAUGGUUCACUCCACCUUCCUGCUGGACCUGAGGAAGGAGGCGUCCCGCGAGCUGGCCUUUUUCCCGCCCCAUCCCGACUACAGCUGGGCCUUCGACGACAUUAUCAUCUUCGCUUUCUCCGCACGCAUGGCAGAGGUUCAGAUGUACAUCUGCAACAGAGAGACUUAUGGGUACUUCCCCGUGCCCCUGCGCUCCCAUAAUACCCUGCAGGACGAGGAGGACAGUUUCCUGCACUCGCUGCUGGAGGUUAUGGUGCGCAAUCCUCCAACAGAGCCGUCUGUGUAUCUCUCUCUUCCUCCUAAACAGCUGGAUAAAAUGGGCUUUGAUGAGGUGUUUAUGAUAAACCUGCAGAGGCGUUCGGACCGCAGAGAGCGCAUGCUGAGGACUCUGUACGAACAAGAGAUCGAGUGCAAGAUCAUCGCGGCUGUAGAUGGCAAGGCGCUGAACGUCAGUCAGAUCGAGGCGCUGGGGAUCCACAUGAUGCCCGGAUACAGCGACCCGUAUCACGGCCGGCCGCUCACUAAAGGAGAGCUGGGCUGCUUCCUGUCACACUUCAACAUCUGGACAGAGAUUGUAGAUCGGGGGCUGCAGACGUCUCUGGUGAUCGAGGACGACCUGCGCUUCGAGAUUUUCUUUAAGCGUCGCCUGCAGAAUCUGAUGCAUGAGAUCGAGUCUCAGCGGCUGGACUGGGAUUUGAUUUAUAUCGGCCGUAAGCGGAUGCAGGUGGACCGGUCGGAGAAAUCUGUGCCCAGAAUACACAACCUGGUGGAGGCGGAUUACUCGUACUGGACGCUGGGAUACGCGAUCUCGCUGCGCGGCGCUCAGAAGCUGCUGCGGGCCGAACCGCUCAAAAACAUGCUGCCGGUGGAUGAGUUUCUGCCCGUCAUGUACAACAAACAUCCCAUCGAGGACUACAUGUCUCACUUCGAUCGGCGGGAUCUGCGAGCGUUUUCAGCCGAGCCGCUGCUGGUUUACCCCACGCACUACACAGGCGACGCGGGCUACAUCAGCGACACGGAGACCUCCACCGUCUGGGACAACGAGACGGUCCGCACCGACUGGGACCGAGCACGAUCACGCAAGAGCCGCGAGCAGGAGGAGCUGAGCAGCGAGGCGCAGAACUCAGACGUGCUUCAGUCUCCGCUGGACAGCACGGCCCGCGACGAGCUCUGAGACACUCGCAGAAACCUGCACAAUCACGUCAUCGAGGAGAAGUGCCAUCAGCGAUCAAAUUCACUUUACGAUGUACUUUAGAUGAGAUGAACACCUCUGAUUUUCCUGAAAUGCUUGACUGGAUGCAGGAACCCCUGAUAGCAAGCAACCAUUGAAUCAAUGUUAAAAUAGUUGAUUUGUCAGUGUUAAUAGCAUUGAAUCAACAUCACUUUUGCACCCGCAAUUAAUGUUGAAAAAAUGUUGACAUUUCAACAAACCACCAUUAUUGUGAUCAGCGUUUGCUUUAGUUGGGCUCUUGACUCUUUGUACUUUAACGUUAGGUUUUCAUUGUCUCUUGUAACAGUCUGCUAAAACGCAUUUGUCGAGGCGAUGAAAACGAAGAUUCACUGAAAUCAGGUGAUGGUGAUUAUAGUCAUUGUAAGGUUAUUUAAAUAAUGGCUCACAAGUGUCUUGUGCUUUUUAUGUGCUAAAUGAACAGAAAAUACUUGUUAAAUUGCUGAAUUAAUUAGACAUCAUGAAUCGGCGUAUGAAACUCAACAAUGGUGACAAUCAACAAAAGAAAAUGUUAUGCUGAAAUGCAUCCUAGGUAUCAACAGUGCAAAACUCAUUCAUUACUCCCAGCAUGCACUGCAGUUGAUCUGUUUAUCUGAAUUAGUUUGAUUAUUGUCCCCAUUGUUGAGGUUUGUAUGAUGAGUGUUGAUGUCUAAAUAUUUCUGUAUAUUUUCCACAGUGUCUUUGCAUUUGUGAAACAGAACAUUUGCAUCAGUAAUGAAAGAUCAACUUCUACGUUUUUAAUAUUAUUUCUCAACUUUAUUACAGCUUGACGCCCAUCACAAAAAGUAGUCUAUUCCAACUUAACUUUAAAAGAUCUUUCUUUAUUAUUGCAUAAGUGUUUAUAUUGAAAAACUAUUGAAAGUACUGAAAGAGAAUUAACUUGAUAAUGAAAAGCAAGAGUCAAGAGCCCAACUAAAGCAAACACUGAUCACAAUAAUGGUGGUUUGUUGAAAUGUCAACAUUUUUUUCAACAUUAAUUGCAGGUGCAAAAGUGAUAUUAAUUCAAUGCCAUUAACGUUGACAAAUCAACUAUUUUAACAUUGAUUCAAUAGUUUUCACCUGCUCUCUUUCUAUCUGGGACGGUAAAUAUGACGCUAGUUAUAUGCAAUAUCCUGAUUUUAUUUGUUUGAACAAGAUUCUUAAGGACAAUCAAGAUGAUUUGACGUGUUCAUGUUAACAACCUCCAUAGAGAUGGUUUGGUUUUUGAUAGUUUUAACCUGAUCUGAUGGGUCUAGUUUAAUGCUUGUCAGGAGUCCUGGCCGAUCCUUUGCGCUUUAGUUAAAUCGAUGUGAUUAUUAACAUUUCAUUCCUUUUAUUAUUUCACUUUUUUUACUUUUACUUUGUACGCAAAGCUGUUGUUAUGCGUCCCAGAUUAAGGUCAGAAUCAGAUCGGCAUGUUUUUAUCUGAUAGUUUGCUUGCAGACGACUAAUUUAUUGCUUGUUGAGCUUGUUCAUAGUCUUCGAUGUCAGUGUAAACACAGAGCCGACGGAUCUGUUACCCAUGAUGUGAACUGCACAGAAGUGUUUCACCUUUUGUUUUUAUGUUCUGUUUUUUUUUUUUUUAUUUCAGUUGCCUUAAGAGAUUUGUAUGGGAGAAUAGAAACUGAUUAAAACAAAUCCAUUUAAAGCUAACAAAUGAAUGCUUGUGUGGCAAACUAAUGUUUACAUGAUGCUUAAUGUGCUAACUCAAGAAAUGGAUGUUAUAUUAUUUAGUGAAAUGAGAUGAGUGAACAUUGAUUUUUUUAUUUUAUUUUAUGUAUCGGUCCUUUCUGUUUCUUUCAUCUUGAAUGUGCCUUUUAUACCAAAGAAUAAAGAAAGUUUCUU